AUGCCAAUCCGUCUCGAAGACAGCACAGAGCUCCUCCACCAAGCCAGCGAUCAAUUUGUCGGCGGUGUCAAGGGAAUGUGGGAAGGAUUCACUGAUUUCGCGCUGCAAGACAACGUCUUGGAGGUCGCUGUCGGUUUGAUCAUAGCCGCCGCGUUUACCACAGUCGUGACUUCAUUCGUUUCGGAAAUCCUACUGCCACCUCUGAGUCUUUUGCCGUUUGUACAUCGUAAUUUAGAUGAGAAAUUUGCGGUGCUCAAGUCUGGACCUCAUUACAACAAGACUCAUGGGUACAAUACCCUUGAUCAGGCGACUGCUGAUGGCGCCGUAGUUAUGGCCUACGGGGCAUUUCUUAACAAACUCUUCACCUUCUUCGGUGUUGGUCUUGCCUUAUAUUUUGUCGCCGCUAUGUACGAUAGGUUCGGGGGCAGUGACCCAAUCAUCAAGCAUACAGUGAAGUGCAAGUAUUGCAGAAAGAGAAUUAGCUCCAAGGCUAUGCGAUGCGUUAACUGUACCAGCUGGCAGGAUGGAAGGGAGGAGAGAAUGCAUUGA